UUCCCUUCCCCCCCCCGGCCUGCCGCUUCCCCGGUCCCCGCCCGCCCGGUGCGCGUCUCCGGCCCGGCCUUCCCCAUGCAGUCCCGGCUUCUGUGCUUCAGCGGCGGCCCCGCAGCGCGGAGAGUCCGGCUCCUUUUGCAGCAGGUGGUGCGGGGCCGCCUGGCUGGGGAGAGGCAGCUGCAGCCGGAGGUCAGGGCGCUGCACGGCCCGGGAGCCGCCGCAGGUGAUACUGUUACUAUUGGAGAUGUGUCAUUUAAACUCAAAGUGCCAAAGAGCCCUGAACUUGUGCCACUGAACUACAUGUCAGACAAUUUGGCCCAAUCUGUAGUCCAGCAUCUAAGAUGGAUAAUGCAAAAAGAUCUUUUGGGGCAAGAUGUCUUUCUUAUAGGCCCCCCUGGACCCCUUCGACGCUCUAUUGCCAUGCAGUACCUGGAGCUGACCAAACGAGAGGUUGAGUAUAUUGCACUAUCAAGGGACACCACAGAAACAGAUCUGAAACAACGCAGAGAGAUCCGAGCUGGGACUGCUUUUUAUAUUGAUCAGUGUGCAGUCCGUGCAGCUACAGAAGGCAGAAUCCUUGUGUUGGAGGGUUUGGAGAAGGCAGAGCGGAAUGUCUUGCCUGUGUUAAACAAUUUGUUGGAAAACAGAGAAAUGCAGCUUGAAGAUGGGCGCUUUCUUAUGUCUGCAGAACGUUAUGACAAACUGCUACAGGAACAUACUAAAACUGAGUUAGAUGCAUGGAAGAUUGUUCGAGUAAGUGAAGAUUUUCGUGUGAUAGCUCUGGGCCUGCCGGUACCUAGAUAUUCUGGUAAUCCAUUGGACCCUCCUCUUCGUUCUAGAUUUCAAGCAAGAGAUGUUUAUCAUCUACCCUUUAAGGACCAUCUUAAGCUAUUAUACUUGGUUGGAUCAAAUGUUUCUGCACAGAGAAUCUCUCAGCUCUUGUCUUUUGCUACAACUCUCUGCUCCCAGGAAUCUUCUACGCUAGGACUUCCAGAUUUUCCUUUAGACAGUUUAUCAGCUGCAGUUCAGAUUCUGGAUUCCUUCCCUAUGAUGUCAGUCCAGCAUAUAAUCAAAUGGCUUUACCCUUAUAAUGUCCUACUAGGAAGGGAAGGCAGGACUGCAGUAGAAGAUGCAUUAAAACGUUUUGAGCUCCAAGAUUCAGAAAGCCCUUUGCUUCCCAGUAGGAUUAAAAAAGUGGAAAGAAUACAUGGAAGCAAGACCUUACAGGCUGAUGUAAUUCUCCAGAUUGCUGAAAAAGAAGUGAAAUUCCAGGUCCCAGCUGGGACUCGACCAUUAAAACUGUGUUCUGGAUCAGACGCUUUCAUAAAGACUUCCAGCCAUAAGCAGCUGUUGGCAGAAAUGAUGCAGUCACAUAUGGUUAAGGAUAUGUGUUUGAUAGGCGGAAAAGGCUGUGGCAAAACAGUUAUUGCUAAGGAGUUUGCCAAUAUGUUAGGAUACAACAUAGAGCCUGUCAUGCUGUAUCAGGAUAUGACAGCUCGAGAUUUGGUGCAGCAAAGGUAUACUCUUCCAAAUGGAGACACUGCUUGGAGACCAUCUCCACUUGUUACUGCUGCCUUGGAUGGGAAGCUUGUUAUUCUUGAUGGUAUUCAUCGCGUCAACUCUGGCACCCUAGCUGUACUACAGAGGCUAAUCCAUGACAGAGAACUGACCCUUUAUGAUGGCACCAGAUUACUAAGAGAAGAUAGGUAUCAAAGUUUAAAAGACGAACUGCAGCUCUCCGAUAAGGAACUACAACAGAGGUCCAUCUUUCCUAUCCAUUCCUCGUUCAGAAUAGUUGCCCUGGCCGAGCCUCCUGUCAUAGGAAGUAGCACAAAGCAAUGGUUAGGCUCGGAGUUUCUAACUCUGUUUCUGUUCCAUAAUGUUAAAUCCUUCACCAGGAAUGAAGAAAUUCAAGUUAUUAAAGAAAUGAUUCCAAAUGUGGCCAUGGUUGCUGUGGAACAGUUGUUAUCGUUAACACACAAGCUUCGGGAGACAAAUGACCCCACAGCACAGUCACUGGCAUCAUCUUUGUCCACACGACAGCUAUUACGAAUUUGUCGUCGGCUAUCACAGUAUCCAGAUGAGAGUCUCUACCAUGCUGUCAAUAAAGCCUGUCUUUCCAGGUUUUUGCCGAAUCUCGCAAGAUCAGCUUUACAUAAAAAUCUGCUGGAUUCAGGGAUUGAGAUAAACCCGGAUGAUAUUAGGAAACAAGAGGAAAAGGAUUAUAGUUGUGAAAUACAUAAUGGGUUUCUGAGGAUUGGAUCUGCCACCAUGCCUGUUUAUAACCCCAAUGAGAAAAUGAAAGUGCCUGAUGUUCUGUUUUAUGAGAACACCCAGCAUAUGAUGGUGAUGGAGGAUAUGCUAAAAGACUUUUUGCUGGGAGAACACCUUCUUCUAGUUGGCAACCAGGGCGUGGGAAAAAACAAGAUUGUUGACCGAUUCCUUCACCUGUUAAAUAGACCCAGAGAAUAUUUACAGCUGCAUAGGGAUACCACUGUACAGAGCCUUACUCUGCAGCCUUCCGUUACAGAUGGCCAUAUUACAUAUGAAGACUCACCACUGGUGAAAUCAGUCAAGUUGGGGCAUAUUCUGGUUAUCGAUGAGGCAGACAAAGCACCUACAAAUGUUACCUGUAUUUUAAAAACUCUUGUGGAAAGUGGAGAAAUGGUUCUGUCGGAUGGAAGGCGCCUUGUUGCCAAUCCUGCUAAUGUAGAUGGGAGAGAAAAUGUAAUAGUAAUUCAUCCUGAUUUUAGAAUGGUAGUUCUAGCAAAUAGACCCGGAUUUCCUUUUUUGGGUAAUGAUUUUUUUGGCACACUAGGGGAUAUUUUUAGCUGCCAUGCAGUUGAUAAUCCCAAACCACAGUCGGAACUGGCUAUGCUUAGACAGUAUGGACCGGAUGUUCCUGAGUCAAUCCUUCAGAAACUGGUGGCUGCUUUUGGAGAACUGAGGAGCUUGGCUGACCAAGGAAUUAUUAACUAUCCUUAUUCAACCAGAGAAGUUGUAAAUAUAGUAAAACAUUUACAGAAAUUUCCAACGGAAGGACUUGCAAAUGUGGUUCGAAAUGUGUUUGACUUUGACUCCUACAACAAUGAAAUGCGUGAUACUUUAAUCAGCACUUUGCACAAACAUGGGAUACCUAUUGGAGCAAAACCCACCAGUGUACAGCUGGCCAAGGAGCUACCAUUGCCAGACCAUACAUUUAUGGGCUACUGGAGAAUCAAUCAAUCAGGGAACGCACAGCAGAAACUACUGUGUCCAACAGAAACCCAUCAGUUAAAUAUAAAGGGUCCAGUAUAUUUAAAUGUUCAGGGAUUUCCACUGGAACGGCAUGAAGCAAGGUCCCUCAGUUUCACAGAAGAACUUGCUUUUUGGACACUGCCAUUAAAUGAGGUUAAUUUCGUCUGUGAUGUUGCUGUAGCAGAAGAAGAUGAGACUGAAAAUAUUCUCUAUGUGGCUACAUGCAAUCCAGUUUCCUUAUAUUUCAUGAAUGUAUCUAGUAAAAAUGGAUACUUUGUGGAUUGUUAUGACAUCUUCCCAAGAACGGUUGGAAGUAUAUGGCAACCCUUUGUGACUGUGGCACCUCUGGGAAAUCCACUCAAAGGGCAAGUGAUUUUGCAUGAAGAGCAGAGUAAUGUUGUCUUGUUGCUGGAUACGAAAACUGGUGCCAUGCAUAGACUUUUACUCUCACCAGAUACCCAAGAAGUUCCAAAGAGAGCAUCCUGGUGGGGCAACAAGGAGGAGCCGAUCAGUCACAAAAUGUGCAGAGAGUUUUCGCAUAAAAACUGGCUGGUGUUCUACAAAGAAGAAGGAAACCACCUUAUUGUGCUGGAUGUACUGGAGGGUCGAACUCAUACCAUCUCACUACCUAUCAAUCUCAAAUCCAUUUUCCUAGUGGCUGAAGACCGUUGGCUCUUGGUGGAAAGCAAAACAAAUCAGAAAUUUCUUUUAACCAAGCCAGCGCAUACGGUAUCUGAAGAAAGUGGAGUUUGCCAGCUGCAUGCAUUGAAUGAAGACCCAGUUGACAAGGGUUUUGGUUUAACAACAGCAUCUGAUUUGUGUGUGCCGCACACAGUUUCAAGUGACCAACUAUCUUCAGAGAACCUAAGCAUAGCUGUGGGACAGAAGAUCAGCUCUCCCAACAGGAUUCUCUUGGAUGUGCAUAAUUAUGCCACUAUUGUUGUUGGCUUCCCAGAACUUAUGUCUCCCAAUGAGGUGUACAGCUGGAAAAGAGACUCGUCGUUGGACAGCAGACAUGCUUCUCCUUCUGAUCCAUUUUACUAUGGGAGGCGCAGUAAAACUGGAGUUGCAAAACAAAUCAAUUGUGUGACUUUACUAGCUACUAAUCAGAUAGUCAGAAUUUUAGCACCUGGAGAUGUCCCUUUGAAAGAACUUUAUCCAAAAGAUAUCGCUCCUCCACAAGCAGCUGGAUAUCUGGAAGUAACAGACCUUAACUCAAAGAAACUUAAAUACAUCCCUAUUCCCAGAUCAGUGUCUCUCUCACCAUAUACAUCAUGGCUGUCAAAGAUCUCGGACACAGACGUUCUGUUGGCGCCACUGGGCAAAGUAGGUUUGGUUACAGUGGAUAUGGGAGGCAGUGUCAGGCUUUGGGAGACGGGACUUGACAGCCUACAGCGCUCUCUGCAGGACUGGAGAAACAUGAUUGGACAAGAGGAUGGUAGACCUGUACAGAUAACCAUUGAGAGAGACAGUGGUUUGGAUGUGAGCUCCCCUAAGCAUGGAAAGAUAGAUCUAGACAACAUGCCCCAUGUUGGCGGAAACACCUGGGCUGGUGGAACAGGUGGGAGAGACACAGCAGGGCUGGGCGGCAAAGGUGGGCCCUAUAGACUGGAUGCUGGCCACAAAGUUUACCAGAUAUCUCAAGCUGAGAAAGAUGCUGUUCCUGAGGAGGUGAAGAGAGCUGCAAGGGAGAUGGGUGAAAAGGCCUUUAAACAGAGAUUAAAGGAGAUCCAGAUGAGUGAAUAUGAUGCGUCUACUUAUGAAAGGUUCUCUGGAGCUGUCCGAAGACAAGUUCAGUCUCUCCGAAUCAUCCUAGACAAUCUGCAGGCCAAGGGUAAGGAAAGACAAUGGCUGAGACACCAAGCUAUUGGAGAGUUAGAUGAUGCCAAAAUAAUUGAUGGACUAACAGGAGAAAAAGCCAUUUAUAAACGACGGGGAGAGCUUGAGCCAGAACUUGGGAGCCCUCAGCAGAAGCCUAAGCGUCUGCGCCUGGUAGUGGAUGUUUCUGGCAGCAUGUAUCGCUUUAAUGGGGUAGAUGGUCGACUAGAGCGUUCCAUGGAGGCUGUCUGCAUGGUCAUGGAAGCUUUUGAGAAUUACGAGCACAAGUUUAAGUACGAUAUCGUUGGACAUUCAGGAGAUGGCUUCAACAUUGCAUUGGUUGGGAGUGACAAAGUUCCCAAGAACAAUAAACAAAGAUUAGAGAUUAUUAAGAUAAUGCACGCCCAUGCUCAAUUCUGUAUGAGCGGAGACCAUACCCUGGAAGGGACGGAGCAUGCUGUUCGUGAAAUUGCUAAAGAAGAGGCUGACGAAUAUUUUGUCAUAGUUUUAAGCGAUGCAAACCUUGAACGAUAUGGUAUCCCACCAGCAAGAUUUGCCCAAACCUUGACCAUCAACCCUCAAGUUAAUGCUUUUGCCGUAUUCAUAGGAUCCUUAGGAGACCAGGCAGACAGGCUGCAGAAGAUGCUACCAGCAGGCCGGUCUUUUAUUGCCCUGGAUACCAAGCAGAUCCCCCAAAUCUUGCAGCAGAUCUUUACAUCCACCAUGUUGUCCAGUGCCUAAGACGUUCCUGUUACUAUUAAAUAAUUAGACAUUGUAACAAACACAAUUCAGAAACAAGCUGCCUGGUGAAAGACAAAAUUAGCUCCUGUUGAAGAUAAGAACUAUAAAACUGAUAAAUAUAAUUUUCGUAUUGAAAUAUUACAGUCACUUAAUCAAAAUACCAAAAAUAACACUGUGUAGCUUAGAUUUUUGGUGAAAUCAUACAGCAUAGCCAUCAGGUGACUUAAAGUUCUGCAUUCAGAGGGGUAAGAGAGUACAAGGGGGUUGAUAUAGUGCACAGAAUAUCUGUGACAAAUGAACAGAGAGACAGAUAACAGAUUGUUUGUGACCAUUCUGGCUGAUAUAUUGCCAGCAGCUCUUUGGGACAGCAUCAUUUUACUCGAUUUUAUUAUCAGUGUUUCUUGGGGUUGAAUACCAAGUUAUACAGCAAUGUGCAAGUCGGACACAGCUAAUCUACCCCACUGUUGUGUGUGCUGUGUUCAGAAUUAGAAAUGCAAGUAACUGCACAUUCGAACAAGACUGCUCAUCCUGAUCUGCAUCUGACCUUUGCUGUUGGAUGUCAGGAACAAUAGAAUGGUCUGGAAGCUCAGAACAUUGCAGUAUAAACAUACAUUAUUGGAUCUGGCGCACAACUCAGAGAAGUGAAAAUCCCUAGAAAAAAGUUAAAUUAUUUUUUCCUGGAAAGACAGAGUUGAAAGGGGUCUAAGACCUAUCUAUGAACAUUUCAAAAGGGUGCACCACCAUGACUUUGCCACUGCAUGGUAGCAGUUGAUGACGUCUAGUUUCUCUGUUGCCAGGAAUCCUAGGAAAGGGCCUCUUCCCCCAGAGGCUGGAUGCGCUCAUGGUUUUUUUACAUUUUGCUUCCACUUCAAGAGCUCUUUGCAUGUUCUGUUUUGGUUUCUAAAAUGUGGAGCUGGAGGGCAGAUCUGUGUGUCAGAAAAACACUUUUAAUAAAGAAGAAAAUAAGUAACAAGGAAAAAUAGAUCAAGAGAGUAAAAGUAUGUGGUUUUCAUUUUGGUAGGAAAUCUGUGUUUGGGGGUCUUCUUUUAAUACAGAACAUUCUCACUCUGCAUCUUUUCUAUUGUAAGUAUUUUCCUCCCAUUUCCACAUUCUCAAACAGGAACUCUUGCUUUAGAAUUAAAUUGGUUGAAGUUUGUACAGCACUUUGAAGAUGAAAAUCCCUAUAGAUGGGCUAACUAAUAGUACUUUUGCAAUCACUGUGCUUCAGGAACACUGGAAUACAUAAUAAAUUGAAUUCACUAUCCUACCGUGAGUAACUGUUAGCUCUCAUCACCACCAAUAAAAAGACUCUUGCCCCAUGGUUGAUUAUUAUAAAGAGAUGAAAGAUGCAGGAAAGAGCACUGUCUCCAAUCAUGCUUAGAAGUUGUGGUACUUCACUGCAAAAAUGAGAUUCCUAACUCCUACAACAUUUCUAGCUACAUUAAAGAUGCUGUUUGGGAGGGAUGAGGGGUGAUGAGAGAGAAUUUGUUUGUUCCUUCAUUUCUACAAAACCAUCACAGUUUUUAAAUGUACCAUAAUGCAUUUUUGCUAGUCUUGCCAUUUUCCACCAUGUCAAUCCCGCAGCAGCAUUAUGGACCCAAUCCUGUAAGAUGAUGAGAACCCUCAACCUCCAUUCAAGUACAAAGGCAGUCAAGAGUGCUCAGCAACUCAAAGACUGAGGCAUUCUGGGAGCUAGGUGUCUAAGUGCCAGGUGUGGCUCUACUGCAAUACAGAAAACUCCUGCCUAACUCUGUAGGUGCCUAAACUCGCUCAGCACCUAACAUUUCAGGGUAAAAGUGCCCUAGGCCCCUCUGUUUCUGCCUCUGGGCAUGCGGUCGAACGCUGAUUUCCUGCCCAAGUCCCAAAGCAAGUCACAAACCAGGGAAGACUGGGAUUCAGCCAUCUAAAUCAUGUGCAGAGUCCGCUACUGUAGGAGUGCUCAAAUGUCCCACUCAAAACCCAGCCGGAGGAGGCAGUGGGCCUGGUUCCCACUUUAUAACUUUUAGCCCACUGGUUAGAGCACUCACCUGGGAUGUGGAAAAGCCAAAUUAAAUUGCCCCAUCUGCCAGAUACCUAAUACCAUGGCAGUAAGUCUUUCACCAAUAUUGUGAAGUAGUUGUUCAAACUAAACUCCACAGAUAAACCUAAUUCAAAAUGAGUUUAAAAACUGGCCAGGCAAUCAAAGCAACACCCAGCUGGACUGUCUUAUGCUUCCUGAGGAGAAGAGAUCACUGGGAUACUACUCUGUGAUUGGAUUAAAAAACAAAUCACACAGUUACUGCCUGCACAUGUCAAAAUAUGAUUAUAUAAGCUUCUCAGACUUAUAAAUACAUUCAUUGUAUGUAUAAUAGCCCCCUAAGUAUAACAGUGCUAAAUGGAAUUAUUACUCCUUAGCACUCAACUUUUUGCAAUUUCUCAAAACUCUACUUUUAUCCUUAAAGAUUCUUACAGUUAGGAAAAUACUUUUCCCUUUUAAAUUAACUAAAGAUUUUAUCGUACUUACUGUACUGUAGACCAGUGCUACUCAAAGUGGUGGUCCGUGGACUGGUGUCGGUCUGCGAGCCAUCGGCUGCCAGUCUGCACGCACAUUGGAAAAAAAAAUUGCCGAUCCCCCACAUCAGCUAGCUUGAGAAGCACUGCUGUAGACCACUUGAUUGUACAGAUCCAUCUCUGGUGUAACUCCAUUUACUUCAGUGACCUCAUUAUCUUUGCAAUAGAGAUUAAUGGUAUUUCUUUUGGGGACACAGUAGAGUAGUUUAGAUUAAAUUUGAACUAACAUUUUAAAAAGGAGACUGACAAGGGUAAAUAUCAUGUUUACAAAAAGUAUAGCUCACAUCACCUCAGAUUAUUAAAAAUGUUCAAAAUCUCGUGUACUAGUUAUUUAUGCUGUUUAUUGAAUUAUGUGCAGUUCUUUCACCUGGCACAAUGAAAAUAUUUGUUUUAUUUUGUUUCCAGCCAGUAUCUAUUCAAUUUUAUUUUCAGAUUCCAUGUACUAACAACAUGCUGCAUCAGUUUCAACCCACAACACUUCAAGGGAAUUUUUUAAAAAGCAUCUUCCGGUGGAAUUUAAGACAGCCCCCCACCGCCUCCCCUGCCCCAAACCAUUAAAUGAUUUCAGUUGGUUCUGGAAGGGUUUUUACUUAUGUCUCUCACUUCUGGGACAUAGUUGACCUGACAGUGUCCCUUUACAUUGUUAUAAUAUGAGAAAUUCCAUCUGGACUCUCUAUAUCUCACCUGCUUUAAUAUCCAUCACUCUGGCAUUGAGAAAUCAAAAUAGCAACUGUUCUUCCCCUCCCUCUAGAAUCUACAAAAAAAAUUUCUGCUGCUCAGACAGUUAAUAGAAGAAUUUAGCAAACUCACACUGGUCAUCUGUGUCCUUAAGUCAUGACAGAGCUUUCAAAUGUGCAUUUAAUUAAAACAAUUAUGAAAAACAUCUUGAUUAGCUGUUCACUUCAGCACUGCCUGUUUAGCAUUCCAGAGUCCACCAAAUAUUCCAGAAUCCACCAAAGCACAUGUACCAACAAUCCCCUUAAAUUGCCAUUUGAUUUAAUAAGACUUAUUGUAUCUUAAAAUGACAUAUGACUUCUCCUUUUCCCACUGUUAAUUAUACCAUCUUAGGAGUUUGAAACAAAUCUAUUAUUUACUGAACUGCCAUUGCUUCAUUGCAUGGAUAUUAUUGUUUGUUAUUGUAGGGUUCUGAUUUACUGCAACUGAUGUGUCAUUAGCAUCCUUGCUUAAGUAAUCUUAAGGCUACCUCUAAUAAUGCAAUUUUUAAUUGGUUUUCUUUAAAAUCAUUAAAUGAUUGUGUGUAUAAAGUGUAAUCGUACUGACUAUUUGUUGUUUUUCAUUUCAAGCAGCAUGAGGCAGUUUGAUGUAUUUAUUACCAUCAGGAUUAUGUUGCAUACUGCAGCAAAUGGUAUAAAAAGAGGACAGAAUGUAUUCUGUUGGAAUGUGAAAAGUGCAUUAGACAAGCACAUUUAAAAACUUAAAGUAGCCUUGUAUUGUUACUUGUAAAAUGCCCUGUGUUAGUAUAAAGCGCCUAAAUAGAAGCUUGAAAAGAUUAAGAGCAGGUUGCUAAUCCUUGACACUGACUCCAGCCGUGGUGGUGUAGCUGUGCUGGUCCCUGGAUACCAGAGAGACAAGGUGGGUGAGGUCAUAUCUUUUACUGGACCAACUUCUGUGGGUGAGAGAGACCAGCUUUUCUUCAGCUCUGUGUAAGCUCGAAAGCUUGUCUCUCUCACCCACAGAAGUUGGUCCAAUAAAAGAUAUGACCUCACCCACCUUGUCUCAUUGACCCAAUCAGUCAUUCAGUUACAUAUUUUGAAGUUUAUGUCGUUACAAUCUAUCAUCUGUAGCUUAGUUUCCUUUGCAGACAUGCCUGGAAAUCAUUAUGUAUGUAAUGCUAUAGCUCAGAGUCUUCCUUUGUAAAAUUUUAAUUUCUUAAUUUAAUACACUGAUGUAACAAUCCAUGGAAAGACAAACAUACAACAGGAGCAGUGCUAUUGAAUUGCAGUAUGGCCCCUGUCUUCAAAAUUGGGUUCUUAUCCAGGAGUUUAUUGGGCUAUUGUGUAUCUGUAAAAUAAACUUCACAGCUGCUGUCAGGUUGGAGACAAAUGUGAGCGCUCUAGAGGUUGUGCUUUUUUUGCAGGGGCUACGCGUUUUAAAGCCAUAGAUCAAAACUGCUUGAAUACUUGUGUUACAGAUGUGUUUAAGAAAUUACUUUUUGUUAUGUUGUUCAUUGCAAGUAUCUCUUUGAUUGUUAAAGUUUCUAUAAAACAACUGAGAACAUACAAGCUAAUUUACCUGAUACCAAUAAAAUUCACUAACUUGUACUGAAGGCAGAAAGAUA